CCGCAGCCAUGUGCUCCAAUGCCUAACCUUUUGACCUCGCCAAAAUCAACAUAAGAAAACCGAUCCCAACCAACAACAACGUCAGGUUUAUAGAUUUAGUGCUUUUUCUUUAAACAAGUAACUAGAACUAGGACAUUUUCCUUUGACUGCCUGGGCGAAAGUGGUUAUUGAUUUCCACAAAUAAUGAUAAAUAGAUUAUCCACUCAUAUUGUACAGCGGUUAUUUCAUGACGAUUGUGCGUGGUCGGGUGGUUUUUUCGCGGGCUAAUGUUGAAUCUUCAGGGACAUGUGGAAAAGACUCGAAUAUUGAGUUAAUUUGUCAAGAAAGCAUUCCCAAUGCCUGUCCAUCUACGAUGAGCAGUGGGUAUGCAAGUAACAGAAAUUUUGAUGAAGUUUUUGAAAGUACUGUAACUAAUCUCCUACAAGAAAAGAUUCACUUGAACAGAAGGCCAAGCUAUCAUCUUUCCUCGCCCUUACAAGGAAUGAUUCCAAACUCUGCAUUGACGGGAUUACCAAGUUCUUCAGGAAAAAGAAAACGAAGUAAAACAACCACAACUACAACAACAGAAUUUCUUCACAGUAACUCAUCUGAAUCACCCACUCCUAGUACUAGCUUUUCAAUAAGCGAAAUACUAUCAGAAACAACCAAACGAACAGCUGAAGUCCAAACAGGACCCUCCUUGAUUUUAAGUGUGGAUACUCCUUUUCGUUCGCACAAGAAAAAGAAACAAGAAAUAGAUACUAGUUGCCCAUCACCWAAGAGUGUGAAGAUUGCAACGUUUAGUAAAGCUCCCCCGACUCAUUCUGCUAGUGGAAUUCCUGAGAUAUCUGGUGUUGCUGGUGGAGGKGUUGGAACAUUGUGUAGGCCCAUUGCCAUACCAGGUGACAAAGCAAGUAAAGUUGAUUCAGUACCUUCCACCCGAAUGGUUCCAGUUGGUGGUUCAGCUGCAUUUGUGCCUUGUGUGUCAAAUUUUUCAUCCGAACCGCUUUGUGGAAAAAAAGUAAAUUGUGGUUGUAGUGCUCACACUAAGCAUCAUGCAAGAUAUAAUCCUGUUCUUCAAAGUUUUGGUUCAACCAAGACAGAUCCUCUUGUCAUUGACUCUGAUGAUGAAGAGAACCCUGUAAUUAUUGAUCUUGAUGACGUGAAUUCAUCAAAAGUUCAGUCACCAACUGUUUCCUCUGCUGCCAAAGAAGUUCUGUGA